AUGUUUGGAAAAUCCAGCUUUGGAUCAACUGGCUCCACUUUUGGAAGCACAGGAAGCUCACUGUUCGGUCAGAACAAGCCGACAACGAAUCUGUUUGGCCAGCAAAGCACAUCCACACAAGGUUCAUUAUUCGGUCAAAAGUCCACAACAAAUCUGUUUGGACAAAGUACUCCAGCCGCAGGAACCUCUAUUUUUGGUUCCACAAAUACGGGAUCGACCACCGGGACGUCCCUAUUCGGUCAGUCGAAACCGUCCUUAUUUGGCAGUUCUUCUACAACCGGUACAACAUCGCUUUUUGGCAGUUCUGCAACUUCCACAGGAGGCGGUCUGUUCGGAUCCACCGCUUCCACUGUGAAUGGAACGACUAUCAAAUUCGAGCCACUCGUCUCCUCUGACACAAUGAUGAAGAACGGUUCACAGACCACAAUACAAACUAAACAUAUGUGCAUAACUGCUAUGAAAGCCUAUGAGGGAAAAAGUAUAGAGGAACUUCGAAUAGAAGACUACAUCGCCAAUAGAAAAACACCAUCAACAAGCGGUGGUUUGUUUGGUAGUUCAACUGCGGGCAAUGCUGGAACAAGUAUCUUUGGUAGUACUCCUGCUAAGCCGUCAUUAUUUGGAUCGUCUACGACAACUACAUCACCGUUUGGCUCAACCCAGGGUACGUCGUUGUUCGGCCAAAAUAAUAAUGCUACUCAGGGUUCUUCAUUGUUCGGCAGCAAACCAACAGGUAGCCUUUUCGGCUCUCCAGCAACGGGAACAACUUCGACGUUUGGAUCGUCUACCGGCGGUCAAACGACAUCAGGUGGUCUUUUUGGUAAUACUCAAAAGCCAGGCGGAUUAUUUGGUAGCAGUACUAACACUACUGGAGGCUCAUUAUUUGGUAGCCAGCCUGCUCAACAAAGUACUGGUCUGUUUGGUAGCACGCAGCCAGCACAGACAUCGCUGUUUGGGUCAAAUACAGCAAAUCAACAAGCGACCACAGGUUUUGGUGCCGCUGCUCCAACUACUAUAAACGUCCCUGCUGCUGCUCCUAUAGUGCUAGGUUCUGAUGUGAAUCAAGCUCAGAUUCAAAUGGCGCUCCUAGAUGCACAAAUCGCUGCGUGUCCUUAUGGUGAUUCCCCACUACUGAAGAUGGCCACUGCGAAGGACACGGAUGAGGCACCGAAUCCAAUAAGUACUCAAAGGCAGCUCAAGUUUCUGGCUGCAAAGAGCGCCAAAUCAUCUCCUCUGAACACUUCGAUGAUGAAUGAUAGUACUACUGGCUCUCCAUCUUUGAAUGGCUCUCUGAUAUCAUCCAAGAGCUCUUUUCUGCCCGUCGUUCCACCGAAGGUUGGCGACUCGGUGAAAUCAUCUCCGAAAGUGCGUACCUCAUCGAUUCCAGGACGGGACCUGAAUUAUACUUCAAAGGUUGCACCGCCUACACUAGGUAAAGGAAUCCGCACAAAAGCUCUGAACAGCUCAAACUCCAUCACUAAUAGAAGUCUCGACGGAAGUCUUAUCAACAAGACGGUGGAUGCGGCCAUUGAAACAUCAUUGGCUAACGGAACAAAUGUGCCUAACUCGGGAAGAAGAAGGAAUCUGAAGUAUUUGGAUUUAUCCAUGGUGAUGCAGGUUAUUGGCUCUCGAAGCUCUGAAGGUGACGAUGAAUCUCAAGGUCGUGAUCCGGAUGAGUUGCCAUCGACUGAUAAUUAUGAUGUGGAUAACCAUGCAGUCUAUAGUCCUGAAGUCGAUCCUAGAGAGGUGGCCAUUCAACGAGGUGAGGCUUGUCGAAAUGGCACCUUGCCGCGUUUUCAACUCGAUGGAAGUGCUUGCGAAGAGUCACUGAUGGCUUCGAGCAAAUCUCCUGCCACCCAAGGGACAACUGUGACGUCGUCAAGUACGUCAUCUGAAACAGCACGGACGUCACCACGAGUUGUUACCUCGGCCACGUCCCAACCGAUUGUGCGUCUCAAUUCACCGGAUUAUUUCACUGAACCGACUAUAAAUGCGAUGCGCGAGAUGGUCGUCGAUGGGAAAGUCGUCUUAAAUAACGGACUCACAGUUGGUCGCGCCACAUACGGAAGUGUUUUCUGGCCAGGACAUAUUGAACUAGAAAAUGUUGCUUUAGAUGAGAUUGUCAUAUUCCGCCACAAAGAGGUUACUGUUUAUCCCGAUGAGUCGAAAAAACCUCCGUUGGGUGAAGGACUGAACCGUCCAGCUGAAGUAACUCUUGAAAGGGUAUGGCAUAUUGAUAGGACUACUAAGGAGGAGAUCAGAGAUCCACUGAAGCUGAUUGAUCUUGGAUGGCGUGAUCGUUUGGAGAAGGUUACGGCACGAAUGGGUGCCACGUUCAAAGAUUAUCGCCCUUCGACUGGAAGUUGGGUUUUCCGUGUCGAGCAUUUCAGUAAGUACGGAUUGCCGGAUGACGAAGACGACAAUGAUGUGGCCGUGGUUCCGAAAGCGCGAGGUGCACCAAUUCAUCCUAGCAACAUAUCUGCGCAUGACUUGGACACUUCUCUGGAAGAACAUCAUCUACAGUACCAUGUGCAACGUGCAAAAGUGCCAAGGGUAGAGCUUCUUGCUGAAGGAAAUGACACAAAUAAUGAGAUGGUCAUUGAGACGGACGUUAACGUGCUGCCGAGCCGGUAUAUAUCUGAUGUGAAGGAAUUUCAGGUUCCAGAGAAGAAGCCGAAAAUGGAAGAGGUUUUGGAUUACGUCUAUGAAGAAAGCAAGCGACUUAUGGAGCUUUCAACGUUAUCUGCACGACCUGUUCGUCGGAUAACGCUUACCCGCAGCGAACCGACCAAUGUAUUUCGUGGUGGAGUCCAGGCCAGUAAAACUGUUGGAUACAAAAAGAGCACUAUGAUAAACACAGCAUGCGCCCGUGGGUCAACUAGCCGUGUCAGCUGGAGCCAAGGCAAGUGGCUAGCUUGUUCGGAAGAACUUGCAUGA